CUUCUUUAAGAGUGCCGUGGCCCUGGGGUGGACACUUUGUUUGUGCAGUUGUGGGUCGUCGUUUGUCCGAGCACGCCGAGGUGUUUUUGUUGUCUCGUCUCAACUCCCUUCUCUCUCUCUCCGAGCUGCGGACCGAGGUUUGGAUCGUAUCAGCGGCGCAGCAGCCAGCAGCAGCACUCGGCUAGGCUAGGCUAGGCUAGGCCUGAAGCCACCUCGCAAACACUUAUGGACUUUAAAAAACAAGCCUAACAUUCUCCGGAAUAGAACGGCCGCAUUCCUUGUGAUGCAGACAUAGAGAGGCUGACACUGAACGAGGGUUACAUCAACGGGACACAUCAUUUCAGGAUGGAGCCUGGUCAGGUGGUGCAGGAAACAUACACGGUGGAGGAAGAUCCCCAGGAGGUGCCACCUGUUGUCUCUGUGCAGACCAAUGAAGAUGGGACCACGCGGCGCACAGAAACCACGGUAAAGAAAGUAGUAAAGACCACCACCACUCGCACAGUCAUUCCCUCCGUGUCAGACACGCUGUCCCUGGAUGGGGGGGGUUCCGUGACGGGUAUGGGGGGCUACCCUGCGGCCAUGGUCUACAGACAAGGACCUGGAGGUGGCGUGCCCAUGGACUACCCCACUCACACUGUGCCCCACAAUUACCACUACGGACCGCCAGGGGGCUACGACGACUACCGCACUGGACCCCCAUCUGAGGCCUACACAAGCCUUAGCAGGGGAGCUCGCAUGGAUGAUCGCUACAGACCGGUCCAUCCAGAUGGUUACAGAACUCUGGAUCCUAGCUACAGAGCCCCCAGCAGGAACCAGCUGGACCCCUAUGCUGCUCAGCCACAGGUUGGGCGUAUGGGAAGUGCCAUGGAGCUGUCCUCUAUUCCGAGGUUUGUCCCAGAGCCGUAUGGUCUGGAGGAUGAUCAGCGCAGCAUGGGCUACGAUGAGCCCGACUAUGGCAUGGGACACCAAAUGCACUACAGCACCGUACCCCGCAACCACAAUGUGUUUUCCCAUGGGCCCCCACGCAGGGCUGGGAGUUACGAGGGCACCUUGGAUGGCGACAUGAGUGGCCCAGGGGACAUGUACUAUUGGGGAGGAGCGCCACUGGCCCAGGGUGAAAGAGGGAGCAUGGCUUCAUUGGACAGCACUCUAAGGAAAGCUCCCGGCCCCGGUCCUGGCGGCUGGCGGCAGCCAGAGCUGCCAGAGGUCAUUGCCAUGCUGAACUACAGGCUGGACCCCGUCAGGAGCAACGCCGCUGCAUACCUGCAGCAUCUCACCUAUAAAAAUGAUAAAGUGAAAUGUGAUGUGCGUCGACUGAAAGGCAUCCCAGCGCUGGUCUCUAUGCUUGACAACCCAAACAAAGAGGUUCACUAUGCAGCCUGCGGAGCAUUAAAGAACAUCUCAUAUGGCAAAGAUCAAGACAACAAGAUCGCCAUCAAGAACUGUGACGGAGUCCCAGCCCUGGUCAGGCUGCUGAGGAAGACCCAUGACCAGGACCUCACUGACACCAUCACAGGGACACUGUGGAACCUGUCGUCGCAUGACUCUGUGAAAAUGGAGAUUGUGGACCAUGCACUGCACGCCCUCUCUGACGAGGUGAUGGUGCCCCAUUCAGGCUGGGCGAGAGGGAGCAACGGAGCCGGUGGAGGGGACAGCUGCAAGCCCAGGCAUCUGGAGUGGGAGACGGCCCUCACCAACACAGCAGGCUGCCUGAGAAAUGUGAGUUCAGAGCGAAGUGAGGCAAGAAGGAAGCUGAGGGAGUGCACAGGAUUGGUCGAUUCGCUCAUGUACAUUGUCCAAUCCCAGAUUGACUGUAAAGACGUUGACAAUAAGUUGAUAGAGAACAGCAUGUGUCUGCUGAGGAACUUGUCCUAUCAGGUGCACCGGGAAAUUCCUGGCAGUGAGCGCUACCAGGAGACCGCGCCCCUCAACCAGGGCCCCGCCCCUGCCAGCCAGAAGGGCGGCUGCUUCAGCUCCCGCAAGAGCAAAGAUGAGUGGUUUUCCAAAGGUAGGAAAGAUGAGGACGCAGCAGCAGACAUAAUAGACAUUCCAAAGAGGACCACACCUGCUAAAGGCUAUGAGCUCUUGUACCAGCCAGAGGUGGUCCGCAUCUACACCUCUCUGCUGAAGGAGUCCAAGAACCCCACCGUGCUGGAAGCCUCAGCUGGAGCCGUUCAGAACCUGUGUGCUGGACGCUGGACUUAUGGGCGAUACAUCCGCGCCCUGCUGCGGCAGGAGAAGGGUCUACCCAUGAUGACUGAGCUGCUGGCCCACGGCAACGACCGCGUGGUCCGCGCCAUGUCUGGAGCCCUCCGCAACAUGGCCAUCGACGCACGCAACAGAGAUCUACUAGGUAAACAUGCGGUGCCUAACCUGGUGGCCAACCUGCCCGGCGGUGGUCAGAGUCAGCCGGUGCGAGCGCUGUCAGAAGAGACGGUGGUGUCGGUAUUGAGCACGCUCCAUGAGGUGCUGGGCUCCAGUCUGGAAGCAGCAAAGAGCCUCAGGGCCUCACAGGGAAUCGAGAGACUGGUGCUCAUUAACAAGGACGGCAGUAAUCGUUCUGAACGGGAGGUGCGUGGGGCCGGCCUGGUGCUUCAGACAGUGUGGGGCUACAAGGAGCUGCGGCGUACUUUGGAGAAAGACGGCUGGAAGAAGACAGACUUCAUGGUCAACCUUAACCCUCCCAGCAACAGCACCAGGGCCAACGGAGGAUAUGAGGACAGCACUCUGCCGCUCAUAGACAAAGGGGGCAAAGGGGACCGCGAAAUGAUUCCAAUGAAUGACUUGGGACCAGAUGCCUACUCCACACUUGACCAGAGAGGGAGAAGGAACACUUUCGAUAACACACUCGAACCUGCUGACAAAGAUCCAGUGCAGGGAGGGAUGUAUGGGGAAAGGCAGGCCUCUUUGCCUCUAAUGGAUUCUUACGAUGAAAAACUGAUUGUGUGCAUCACAAGACGACAGCCUCCUCCCACCUACUGCCCUUGCUGAACUGACAAUUAGGGACCACUACACUACCGAUGGGACUAAACUCCAUCCUUUACACUCUACUAUUCUGUCCCUCUUUUGCAGCUUCUCUUCUCUCUCUUUGUUACAUUCUUCUAUUGCAGCUGACAAACCACAGAAAACCUGACGUGGACCUACGCUCCCUGUGGACAACCGGACAAGACACUAUGACCACUUUGUGCUCCGCGAGUCACUGAAACUCUAACCACUCGAUCAGAUACCACGGCCACAACACUACAUCUCCGCGCUACACUAGAACACCACAACUUGCCCAGGCAACACUAAUUCUCUCUUCAACUAGACUGUGGCUUCAUAUGAGAACUUUUUCUAUUUCUUGGAGGUCGAAGCGUAGUCGUAGACUAAUGAAACUAAAUAGAAAGUUGGGAUCAGAACAAGACACUUUAUUGUGAAAUUUUACAUAAAUGGCUAUUGUACUCUGUUUAAAAAGAAUGAGGAAAUAUCUCUUUUGCUCUCUGAUGGCUAAAUGCUACAAAAAAAAAUCUAACCACUGAGAACCAAUGUUUUAUGAUCUAAUCAGAUAUGUGUAGAGCUUCUGCUUCUGUUUCGGUAGUGGUUGUUCCUCUUCUUGUUUUGCUCUGUACCACAGUAAUGUUCACGUGCCAAAUGACACUGCUACUGCUGCGACUGCCAAUACUGAAUGCAAGAAGUGAAUGCAAGAACUUCACCCACUCAGACUUCUACAGCAGCUACACUAAAAACUGUCAUCUGCUUUGUUUUGUUCGCAGCUUGUGUCUGUGACAGUCCCAUCAACAAGAUGCAUGCUGCAUUUUUUUCUUUUUUUUGUAUUUGAUUGUGAUCCAUAGAUAUAAAAGAGUGGAAGGGCCUCCCUACAGGGAAAUCCCUACAGAUGCAAAUAGAGCUUCUGUUCCUAAAGUGAUGUUUCUGUUCCAUGUUAGCCCUUUUUGUAAUUCUUGGGAUUAAUCACAGGAUUCAUGGGUUGAAUAUACUAAUAUUUGCAGUUCUGUAGUCUUAUGAAUGUGUACAAACAAGACUGUCUCUAACGGCAUCCAUGUGGGCUAACUGGAGUGCCUCGCUCUCAUUCAGGAUAGGUCUGAUGGGUGUGCCCAACAUGACAUCAAGGUGUCUUUUUCUCAGCAGGUUACUAGUUGGGAAUAUUGUAUAUGGAACUCAUCAGUUUUCUAUUCUGCAAAAUAAUGUAAUAAGUGACGGGUUGAUUCUUGUUGUUGCAACUGUUUUUUUUAUAAGGUAUACAACUCUUGAGUUCUGUAUAAUUUACUGCUUCACAUACCCAUAGCCUACCUGGCUUUAAGACUACAGAACAGUACAUGGGAGAAGACGGUACUGUCUGUUAUGGCCCGCAUUUCUUCUCUUCAGUGCUUGUUCUGUAGAAGAAUGCAUAUUCUUAGUGCUGAGUGAGAUGUAGAUACUUACUGAGUGGAUGAUUAAAAGAAGCACUGGGGGGGUAUAAUGUGUGUUUUUUUUCCCCAGCCUUUUGUUUUCCAUGCCAAUUGAAACACGACAGAGGAUGCCUCAUUUUUCUCAGUGACAAGAUGCCUUCAACAGUGGACAGACUUAAAGACAAUAGAAGAGAGCAAGGGUUUGUGUUAAAAAAAUCACAGUGUAUGGAGACAGACCAGAAUUUGCUAUUUAAAAAUAAAAAGUGAAAAAAAAAAAAAAUUAAAGCACAUUUACACUAUAUAUACAAGAGAAUAUUUGUUAAUUUGAAUGGUUUUAUGUAUUUUUUUUUUUUUAUAUUGAUUUGGGUUUAAAUGUUUUGGGUGCUCUGGGUGAAUGCAUAUGCAAUCAGUUUUUAACAUUUGAUUUGAAAACAUUUAGUUUGUCUUAAUUAAAUGCAAAACAAGUUCGCUAAACAAAAUCCUGUAACACACUCAUCAGAUACUGGAACUCUAAUGGAAAAAAAUCUGAUUCCGGACUACACCCUAAUCUCUUUGCCUUGGCUCUUAAAAGUUGCACAUUCUCAUUUAUGAAUGAAUUAUGUAACUAGCAAUACUGUUUUAAUAAAAAAAAUAAAAGAAUUU